AUGGCGGACCCCAAACCCGCAGAGACAAUCGCGCCAGAGGCAAACGAGUCCGUCAAGAUGGACGUCGAAGUCAAGGAAGAAGAUGCUGGCGAAGACAAAACAGACAACGAUGCCGAUAUAGCAGAGGAGACAGCGGGAGAAGAGCGGGCAGUGUCGAAUGAACAAUACAAGGCCCUCAAAAACAUCACCGAGGUCUUGACCAAUUUCAAGAUCAAACUCAAGAACGAUGAGGACCAUUAUCCUUCUACAUUGUUCAGACGCAUUCCGAACCGACGAAAUCUCCCAGACUAUCACGAAAUCAUCAAAGAUCCUGUGGCUCUCAGUACUCUCAAGGGCAAGAUACAGCGGAAGCAAUAUACAGGCAUCCCGGAGUUCGUUCGCGACUUUGCCUUGAUUGUCCACAACGCCCAGGUGUACAAUCGCCCAAAUUCAGGUCCCGUCCGUGAUGUGCUUGAGUUGCAGGCCGUGUUCAAAGAUGAGUUGAAGAAGCUUGUUGAAGAAGGCUUGGCCAAAGAAGAAGAGACUGUCUUUCCCGAUCUCGGCGAGAUUCCAUAUGCAACGCCAGAACCAGAUCCUGUCUCCGACGAAGACGAAGACAAUGACGACGAUCCAGAGGACGACGAUGACGAUGACGAUGUUGAUGCCGACGACUCAGACGAUGAUCGACGGAAGAGAAGAGGUCGGAGAGGUCGACACAGCAUCUCCGGACGCAAAGGCCGUGACGACGAUGAUGAUAACAAGCUCAAUGACGGGGAUGUUCGAAAGCGCCGUGGACGACCUCCAAAGGUAGACACCCCAAUGGAGGCUCGGAUCAAGGCGGUCUUGAAAGGUAUUCGCAAGCCCAAAGACAAGACUGGUAAUCUCAAAGUCCGCCAUUUCGAACGUUUGCCUGACAAAGCUGAGUAUCCCGCCUAUUUUCUGGAGAUCAAGGACCCAAUCGCACUGGACACGAUCAAGAAGAAGGCCAAGCGGAAGAAAUACCAGUCAUUGGAACAUUUCAUGAAAGAUCUCGACCUGCUCUUCAACAACGCCAAGGCAUUCAAUGAGGACGGCAGCGAGAUCUACCGGGACGCGGUCGAAUUGCAUGCUGAAGCCCUCAAACUCGCUGAAAUCGAGAAGGCCAAGCCGGAUGACGAGUAUCUCAUGGAGGAUGGCAGACGACCCCUACCGGCAGGAAUUCUUCACAAGAAUGAGCUUUGGAAAGUCGGUGACUGGAUUCACAUUCAGAAUGUCAAUGAUGUGACGAAGCCCAUUGUGGCACAAAUUUAUCGAACUUGGGAGGAUUCUGACGGUCAGAAAUGGAUCAAUGCUUGUUGGUAUUAUCGACCAGAACAGACUGUGCAUCAGUACGAAAAACACUUCUUCCCCAAUGAAGUCGUCAAGACUGGUCAGUACCGAGAUCAUCGGAUUGAAGAAGUCAUUGAUCGGUGCUUCGUUAUGUUCUUCACGCGGUACAGUCGUGGCCGACCUCGAAAUGUUGAUCCUGCUAAGGAAGUCUAUGUCUGCGAGGCUCGAUACAAUGAGGAAAAGCACCGAUUCAACAAGAUCAAAACAUGGGCCAGCUGUUUGCCUGAUGAGGUUCGAGACAAGGACUAUGAGAUGGAUCUCUUUGAUAACCCUCGAAAGAUCAAGAAAGUGCCGAGUCCGCUCAAGCACCUCUUGAAGGAUGAUAUGAAAGAGACAGAUGAGAUUCCUUCGCCUCAAUGGGGCCAUCCAAAUGCGCCCCCGAUCAUCGGUGGGAUCCACAAGCAGCCUCGUGAUGAAAAUCAAUCACCGCCACCAGAACCGACACCACCGCCUCCUCCAACUCCUCCAGUUGCCCCAGUACGGCUUCCUCCCUCAACCGCGACGGGGAAUCAACAACUUCGUCCAAGCGCAGACAGACAAACCAGUAGCGCGUCUGCCACCAUACAACCUCAACCAGCGCGCGCUGCUAUCAACAUGACCCCUCAAGUCAACUCAUACCAGGCGCCAUCGAUCUCCCCCGCUCCUCAGUAUAGUCGUCAAAAUUCCUAUCCGCAAGCACAAACUCCGCAGCUUCACCCUACCAUGCCUGCGCAGACCCCUGCUCCUCAGCAACCUCUUCCCUACACGUCUCAUCAACAACUGCAUCCUCAACCAAGUCUGACUCCGGCACACCAAACCAGCUAUGCUCCAGCGACUCCCUCCCAAAACUACCGUGUACAGAUACCAGCUGUUCAACCAGCGUAUCCGGCAUAUCCAGUCAACAUCCCAGAAUAUCGUGGAGCUGAUGUCUUUGUCCUCUCUGACGCCGCAAACGAGUCGAUUCCGAAACGUAUCCGAGACCGCUACCCUCAAGACGACCAAGGUCGUGUCCUGUUCUUCACCAAACCUCCAGUCAUCCACGAUAGAACUGUUCGAAGCAGAGAUGGUCCACCACUGCGUCACACCGAGAAGUACUUGAAAGCAAAGGAGACACGUGACCAGCUCAUUGCCGAACGAAAGCGCAAGCGAGAAGAAGAGGAGAAACAGGCUCAAAACGCUAAGGCCGAAGGAGAGAAGGUUAAUGCGGGGGGAAAGCGAAAGUGUGACCCUAUCGGGGAAUUAUAUGAGAGACUCGCUCAUGGGAUUGCUAAAGCGAUGGGAUGGCCCAAACCGCUCUGA